CCAUUGUAAUGGCUGUAUAAGUUUAAAGCAAAACGAAAGUAGCUUCUCGCUGUGAAAAGCAGGCAUCCCCACGAUUAAAGUCCAUUCCUAUGAAUGGCAUCAAACAAGUCAAAGUGAGACAGAGAAAGGGUAGGCCUUGUCUUGAGAGAUUUUUGCUCCUGUAGCACAGAGGAGCGUGAUGUCAGCGGCGGCAGUACUGUUGUAAUUGACUUGGUGGGGGUGAUGGCGUCAUUUUAUGCCCUGGUGUAGCCUCCUGCUCCAAUAGCGAAGGGGAGACGGAUCUUAGGCCGACGCGACCGUGGCUCCCUUGGCCGGCAUCGAGCACCGCCGAGCCGGACACUUCACGCCGGGAAACAUGGAGGCUGUGACCGAAGAGCUGCGGGCCGGCUCUCGGGUACCUGUCACUAUCGAUCAAAUAGUUAACGAUACACUGGUCGUGACGCUGACCUAUCGAGAAAGGAACUACACGGGGAUAUUACUUGACUGCAACAAAAAGAGUGGGCUAUUCUGUCUACCGGAUUUCACUGCAAAACCCGUGGACUGCCCGAUGUCUAAACCAACUUGUGAAAUCCCAGAAGUUCUGAGUGAGGAACCAGUUCCCAAAUCUCCUAGCCAGGCUUCACGCAGACCAAAGGAUGAAAACACUCUCCCCGAAAGCAGCAUACCUACUGCACCUCUUCCCUGCCCCGUUCCCACACCAGUGCCAGCUGGACAGACUCCUUACCCUCCUUAUUUUGAAGGAGCCCCCUUCCCUCAGCCCUUAUGGGUGCGCCACAGCUACAGCCAAUGGGUACCUCAGCCCCCUCCACGACCAAUCAAGAGAAAGAAGAGACGAACGCGAGAGCCUGGCCGCAUGACUAUGAGCACUAUCCGUCUGCGGCCGCGGCAGGUACUAUGUGAAAAGUGCAAGAACACGCUGAAUAGUGAUGAGGACAGCAAAGAUGGCAUGAGCAAUAGUAAGACUUCUAGAAAAGAGAAUGCACUACAGAGCGAUGAUGAUGGUGAUGACAAGGAUACCCCUUCUAAACUGUCAAGAAAAGAGGAUGUAGUUGCAACCAAGGACACUAAGAGACGUGAAAAUGGCACCAGCAGCCUUGACAGCAAGCGCCUCAGGAAGGACAAAAGGGGGGAAGUUGAAGGGGAGAAGUUCCCCGGAGGUGAUGUUAUACCCCACAGUCCUGUCAUCAAGAUCUCCUACAGUACUCCACAGGGCAAGGGGGAGGUGAUGAAGAUCCCCUCAAGAGUCCAUGGUUCAGUCAAGCCAUUCUGCCCCAAACAACUGGUGCAGAAUGGUGUGGGAGAAAAUGGCAAGACACCCUCUGAUUCUGCCAAGGAGCAGCGGCACAUUCUAGAUGCCACGAGGUCUGGCCUCACAGUGUCCAUUCCUAAACUCAAACUAACCAGGCCUUUUACAACCGUGGGUCAGGACUUGCCUUCUCCAAAGAUCCGUUUGAGACCCCCUCAGAGGGAGGGUGAGGAGAGUGUGGUCGAGUAUGAGGCAGAACUUGUAGGAGGCACCAGGAGACGAAGCCCCAGGGUGCCUGGUCCCUGCCUCCCCCAUUCCGAAGACUCAGGGGAAGGCAAAAACUCUCUGGAGUUGUGGUCGGGGAGUUCAGGAGAGGAGGCAGAGCGCGGCCACAGCGACCUCACCCUUCUCAUCAAUUUUCGUAAGCGUAAAGCAGAUUCUUCUAGCCUGUCAGUCUGCAGCAGCGACAGUCUAGAUGAGUCCAAGUCCUUCAGUUCUGAUGGCACAUCGCCUGAGCUGUGCGAUCUGGCUCCAGGUGAAGAUCUAUCUGUAACCUCAUCCUCUGUACCCUCACGGGAAGACUGCAAGACGGUGCCGCCACUCACGGUGCGACUUCACACCCGCAGCAUGACAAAGUGUGUAACAGAGGAGGGUCACGCCGUGGCGGUGGGCGACAUCGUGUGGGGGAAGAUUCACGGUUUCCCCUGGUGGCCAGCACGCGUCCUCAGCAUCAGCGGCACACGCAAACAGGAGACGGCCAGUUGCGAGGCCCAGUGGCCCCAGGCCAAGGUGGCGUGGUUCGGUUCGCCCACCACCUCUCAGCUGUCUGUUGCCAAACUGUCGCCCUUCAGAGAGCUCUUCAGGUCCCGCUUCAAUCGCAAGAAGAAAGGGAUGUACCGGAGAGCCAUCCUGGAGGCCGCCAAGGCCGUGGGCCACAUGGGCCCAGAGAUUACAUCGCUGCUUUCCCACUGCGAUACGUAGAGGCUGUGGACCGACUAGAGGACUGAUUUUUCUGAAUUCUCGAACUCUGUCAUCAAGACCCAGGAGAGGGAGUGUGAGAUUGCCACGGCUACUAUUUAUAGGCCGUUUUUUUUGUUUUGUUUUGUUUUGUUUUGUCCCCCCCCCACACACACAUACACAAGGGCUGGUUCAAAAAUGGCCGCCAAGGUGGAGUGUUUAUGAGACUGGAUAAGGGAGCAAAAAAAAGGCCAGGCAUCUCAUGGUCUACUAUGAACUGAAAUAUUCCUCCUUUUUUAUUUUCUAGAUUUAAUCAUAUUUCAAUAGAGCCGAGUAAUGACACUACAAGGACCCAAAUGUAUUUAUUAUCUGUAAUGGUUUAUUAUGAUCCACCCUUCUACUACAAUCUUGCAAAACCUCCCAGUCUGCUGCUGUUAUUAUCACGGUCCUCGCCGCUGAUGUGUUCACUGCGAGGUCUAACUGGACCGGCCAGAAGAAGCCGGUGGCAUCUUCAGAGAUAUGAUCCCGCCUCCCUCCCCCUCCUCCUGUGGACGCAAGAAGUUCAUGGUUUAAAAAGUCUUACCCUGAAUCCUCUUACUUCUGAAAAUGUGAACGGCUCCAUCCAGAGACAGUAGUGACUGUUCCAGAUCUUCUAACCAUCAGUGUUCCAUCCUCGUAGCCUUCUGCGACAUUAGUUGGAUUUGUGGAUGUGUUUAUACUGAGCUCUAUUCCUCUUCAGACUCAUGUUGUGUCUCUCUUCCAUUUCAUUUUUAACCUUAGGAGUGUCACAUCAACGAAUUUCCCCCUCUAACUCUUAUUUUUCCUGAGAACCAUUUUUACAUCACUUUAAUUAUUUAAAGCAUCACGUUUAAGAAAAAAAGCACUUUAUCUGUACCUUGGUGGCCUGCUGUAAGCUCACUGUCUGAAACACUAUUGCGAGAUACAGCGCUGAUAGGCAGCAGGGGAGUUCAGAAGUCUUUGUGGUUGACUAUCCAUGGCCUUGGAGAUACACAACAGAUUUUUUUUUUUUAAUUUUAUUUUAUUGUACCAUUUUGGGGACACCAGACACGGAUGGUUGUGUACACUGUAUUCUCGCAUUUGACUUGUUUCUCUCUCUCAGCUUAUCUGCCACACACACACUCACUACAAAAGUCCGCCUUUAACAUUUCCACUGGAGAAACAUGAGUGAACAAAUGUGUCAGAGCCCCCCCUAUGCAUUAUCAGUUAAAGCUUUAUGAGUGAUUUGGGAGAAAAAAAAAUUAACAACAUGCUGUAAGAAUACUGUGAAUUCAGCUGCUGAGUGUGCUGAAGAGAAUCCCGCUACUUGUCGGAGCCUGCAGUUAUUGAGUCAUUGGGCAAAAGCAGGCUGCACCGCUGACCUUUAGUGACCUUUGUGUUGAAAGCGGCACUGUUGGAAUCGGGGGAGGGGGCGACAGCGAAGGCAAGAGACCACUGCUGUCCAGCACAGCUCGGUCUGUAUUAAAAACUUACCGAAGAUUGCACACAGUCACGCUCAGCCAACCAGCCUGUCUCCUUUCUGCUUCUCUGGAAACACUUUGUUCAGCUCGAGGCUGAAAACUAGCUCGGUGAUUGUCAGUGAGAGAAGUGUGUUUAUUAGGGGAGCAGUUAAUGCACUCCUCCCAUUUUGAUAAUCUGCGGCCUGACUGUUUGCUGUCAAGCCCGGCUAGUUUCCUGGCAGCCUUGCACAACGAGGAGUGGGAGAGUCUAAGUCUAUGUAUGCCUGAGAGGGGAAAUGGUCGUCUGCUCUUUCCCGUGUAUGAGCAACAUGGCUAUCUACUGUUGCGCGCGUUGGUCAAUGUUAUUGGCUACUUUUUUUGUUUUCUUUUUUACAUGUACUGUACAUAAAAUAAAAUAUAAAGCAAUA